CUAUUCUCAGAAGAAACUGAAGAUGGAAUAAAAUUAUCAAAUAUUUCUAAAGAACUCAAAGGAUCUAUCAAUGAAUUAGAUUGAACUCAAGAGCUGAGAGAUAUGAUGAUCAAACUUGCAAGUUUGAAGAAUAAAGAAUUAAUCAAAGAGACUGUUAGUGAAUAUGAAAGGAGGGGUAAUUAUGUAAGAAUUUUUCCUGCUCCUGGCUCUGAUGAGUACAUCAAGUACUUUCAAUACCAAAAAACCAUAAAUAAAUACUUGUACAAAGUAUUAUUCAAUAAGAAACUAGUUUUGAGAGAAGAUAUUGCAGAGACACCUCAGUAUAAAUUGAACUAUGAAGUUCCUAAGUUAUCAUCAUAUCAGCAGGUCAGAGAGGAGAGCAAGAGGAUGCCUAGCUCGAAAACUGGAAUCAGUGAAGCAAGUACCUCUGAUGAAUCAAACAAACUUCCAAAAUUAAUGAAAAAGAAACAAGAAAACAGUAAAAUGGCAAUUACAGAGGAUGAUGUGCUAAUUGAGUAUGUGUCAAGAUUGGUAGAAAUAUGAAAUACAGUCAAAGAAAUAGACAUCAACCAAAAGCUAAUGAUAAAUAAAUUUAUUGAGCAUUAUGUGUGGGCUAAUCCUGACUCAAAAGAAGUCCCUUUGAAGGAGAGAAUAGUAAACCGAUACAAUGAGAUGAUAUCAAGAAGGAAAGAUUUGCUAAAAUAGCAUGAUAGAGAAAGAAAUAUUUGAUAAGGAUUUAUCCAACAGCCAGGGAUCAAAAUCAGUAGAUACUUUAGUAGAAGAAAGGGAAACACAGAAAAGGAAUAUAUUACAACAGUUUACAAUUAAAUAAUUUAGAAGAAAUGCUGACAAUGAAUUCUCCUUCAGUUAGGAAUGAAACACAGAGGCUUAACAGAAGCUCAGAUGAUAGAAGAUCUAGGAAGAAUGGAGUAAAGAAUGUAGCACGAGACGUCAUCAAUACUUUGGUUCCUUCUGGAAAAUAUGGAAUUUUGAAUCUUUUGGACACAAGCAAUAAAGGAAAUAAAGGAAACGAUAAGAAGAGCUUUGAGAUUAGAAGAAGGAAAAAAUUUAUAAGAAAUUUAAAGAAAUAAUUAUAAGCAAUA